UUGUUCCUUUUGGGAUAAGCCGUUAAGAGCAGUGAAUCCUCUAAAGCCAUUCAUGAAGCCAAAGCUGGCCAAGGCGCCAAAGCUUCGUGGUCUUCAUCUCUGAUUGGUUGCAUAUUUUUAUGGUGGCUGGCUUUGGGUAGACUACCUUUGAAAUGGUCAUGGCCCCGCGCCGUAAAAAAACACGCGGCACGGUUGGCGGCAAGACAACAUCGACUGCAGGUUCUCAGCAGGUGCCUACGUGCGCGUUUUGCGACCUGCCGCACAGCGAUGACAUCAACGGGGAACUUCUAACUCGCAACGGCCUUCACGUGCACUACUUUUGCAUGCUCUUCUCGAGUGGCCUGCACCAGAGAGGCGAGGAGGAUGACCCACUGCGCGGUUUCUUGGAAGCCGACGUGCGCGCGGAACUACGCCGGGGCAACAGGCUGAAUUGUUGCUUCUGCAAGCGAAAAAAUGCGACCGUUGGCUGCUGCCUGCGGGCGUGCAAGAAGGCGUUUCAUAUGCCCUGUGGAGUUGAGCGGGACUGCCUCCUUCAGUUCUUCGGUGACUUCAGGGUGUACUGCGCAGCACACCGCCCUCGCCAGAAUGUGGUGCCACUGGAACGGGAAGGCGCCAGCCUGUGCUCCAUCUGCUCCGAGGAGAUGGUCCACCCAUCAGUGGACGUGCUGGUGACACCCUGCUGCAGGCAGAUGUUCCACCGAAAGUGCAUCCAGCGCCAGGCCAUAAGCGCAGGCAGCCACUUUUUCCGCUGCGGCCACUGCAACAACCAGGAGGCCUUCCAAAGGGAGAUGCAGGACCACGGCAUCUACGUGCCUGAUCAAGAUGCCUCCUGGGAGCGGGAACCACAUGCCUACGAGGACCUGCUCUACCGGUACCAGCACUGUGAUGCACCCCGUUGCUCCUGCCCCUUGGGGCGCAGCCACCACCAGGAAGAUGGGUAAGGAUGUUGCGCUUGU